AGUUCCAAUUUGCGCUGCUCCUCUGCAACCGCAGGCAAUCGAGUGAAGAUUAAGCAAGGAAUCACACGACUGCCUUCUCAGGGACUCCGUUCCACCUAAUCCACUGCUCUUAUAUAUAUAUAUACAGAGACUAUUUAUACUACACUAAAAGACCUAACAAACCAGGCAAGUGAUCGCAGCAAGCAGGCAAGAAGAAGGACUAAAGGAGCACUCGUCAACGACUUCAACGUGACGUUGUAAAACAUAAGAUGUCGCGGCGCACCUUCUUGGAAAACAUGCUUCAGGAGGCGCGCAACUGGGACGCCUCGGACGUGGACAGUCCACGGCUUAGCAGCGGCCGCGAUCCCACCAGCACCAAUCGCGCCUCGCCGGGGGAGAUGAGUGCGAAAGACUCGACGCACACGCCGAGGGACACAGUGCGGCGGCCCUCUUCUCGUGCUGCCGCCACUGUCACCGCCACAACACCAUCAACGCUCUCCGCCGUGCGUAGCACCAACUCCCGCGUCACGUCCGACCCCCUGCCCUCCACCGCAGCCACCCGUGAUGCUCCGCUGACAGACAACGCGCGGCGCACGGCACACCGGGCCGACUUCCCUGCGAAUGCAGAUGCAGCAGUGGCGGUGUCACGCUCCUCAUCGCCGCCGCUGCACACGCCGCUGACGGUGGUGGAGCUGGAGGAUGAAGAUCACCCGGUCGGGACUUUAAAGUUGCUGACCAGGCGAACAAACGGCCACGCCCAGCUGAGUCUGCUCCCUGAAACCCUAGAGACGGAUGGCGGCAACGAGCAGGCGCAAAGCGAGGGGACACCGGCGUCGUCGAUGCCGCGCAGUGCUUCGGCGAACCACAUCCAGCCGCAGCCGACGCAGCGCCGCUCCAGUCAAUCGAUGUCGACGGUGCCAGACGUGCUCGUCACCCCACGCGCACCAAACUAUGGCCGCUUCUCCAACCCGCGCAACGGCAGCGGUCAGUCGAGCCAAUCGGUCAGCGCUCUGACCCCCGUGGCAACGGUGGCACGCGGCCGCUGCGCCCGCCCAGGCGGUGACCACAGCGGGCGCAGCGACAGCAUCAACCGCAUGGAGGCGUCGCUGAUCGCGCUGCAGGUGGAGCUGGCGACGGAGAAGCGAAACAACAUUGAGGCAGAGCACCAUAUCAUGACGUUGAACACGGAGGUGCGGAAGCUGCGUGCGGAGAACGCGCGGCUGUCGCGGGAGGUGGCCGAGUCCGCAGCAACACCAGUCGGUGGUCACCACAGGAAGGACGCGACGACGUCUGCUGCAGCGGCAGAGGCGGCAGCGGUCGCUUCAGCAUCCGACCCUUCUAUUCUUCUGCACGGCGACGCGGCGGUGGCGGCAAGGCGCAUUGAGGCACUGGAGGCCCGGGUCGGGGAGUUCGCGCGCAACCUGGAAACGAAGCAGCGCGAGAUCGACACCAAGGACGAGCGUAUUCGCCUGCUGGAGCACAAACUGGCUGAUCAGCUGCUCCUGCAGACCGGCGUGCACUAUCUGACCAUGCCCGCCGCCGCCGCCUCUUUCCCGACGCCAGCUGCCCAAACACCGCCGCCGCCGCAGCAGCAGCAAAGUCAUCAACACAACGGCAAUGCGAGUUUAUCAGGGCACAACGUAAGUAACGCGACGGCCGCCGGCCUUCUCUCACGCCGGCCGUGGUACGCCGCGGCCCCAGACACCGCCCUGGCAGGCCCAAAGAUCAGCACCAUCCGCCACGUCCCGCUGGGCUGGCAGGCGCACCCAGCUGACGACGCCGCCGCCGCCACCAACAACGUGCGAGGUGCAUCCGCGGUGCGGCGGCGCAGCCCUGUCGGCGCCCACGCCGGCGGUCCGUCCGAUGACCUUCUGCAGCUCAGUCCAGUGCCACCACAGAACGAGAAGACGGAGGGGGAGGACCGCACUCGCACUCCGCCGCCCCCGACCGCCACCACCGCCGCCUCGUCCCCGGUGCCGGCUGACAAGAAGGAACUCGUGGCGGGCGAACGCGAAAAACGCAAAACCCCGGUGCGGCACCCCAGCGCACACCGCGAGCUCCCACUUCGACCGCAGAGCACCCGUCGUCGGCCGAGUGGGUCCUCGCGAGGCAGCAUCAGUGCAACACCGAUGGAGGGGGGACGGCGUGUGUCACGGCCGGAGCUGAUGGGCGUACGGACAGACUCCAUCGGCAGCGAGCCGCACAAAACCGCUGCUGCUGCGUCUCCUGCGGGUGUCGCGCGGAUUCGGGAGGCCGGGUCGUCGCCGUCUGCAAGCGGGCGUCUCAGCGCACGUCGGCCCUCCGUCAGCCGCCGCUCGUCUUCCUUCUCGCAGUACGCGGCGCCGGAGGCGGACGGUUCACUGGGGAGAGACUCCGGCCGCAGGUCCGGCGGCGGCCACCCGGCGCACCUGAGCGUGUCCGGCAGCAGCGGUGUCGCCGCCAACUCCGCCGGCGCGGUUUACACAAUGAAUCAACGCGCGCUGUCGACGUACCGCUCCGCCCGGCCGCCGUCGGCGACGCGGUCGAUGGCGCAGCAGAGCGUGCGCUCCAGUACCUCGACGCGGCAGCGCCCGCAGAUCGCCUUCACCUCCGACGGGGAGACAUCCACGAUGAAGGGCACCACCACCACUGUCAUGUUUCGCGCGCGCGACGGGCGGGCAGGGAGCAACCCGGCGGCCAGCGACGGCAGCCACGGCAGCACCACCGCUGCAGAUCCUCAAGUGGCCGCGGCGACAGCUACGGGGCCGUCGAACUCCGCCGCAGACUCUUCCAUCGCGGCGAUUUAA